UGGCAACAAAAUAACAAAAGCAUCGAACGUUGCAACUGUGACGGGGCUCCCCCCACCUCUGCCUCUCUCUCUGUGUUGCCCGCUGCACUCUCGAGCGCCCAUUUUACCCGAUUCCGGGGAACUGUCAGGCGGGAGCAGGGUGCAGAAGGGAUCCGAGGCCGGUGGUUUAUCUGGAGGAAGGAGGAGGCGGGGGGACUGGAAACCGCCUGUGUCCCAUUUCCUCUCGUGUGUGAGUGAGUGAGUGUGGUGUCUUCCCCCCCCUCCCUCGCUCCAGCUCUGGAUUCUCCAUGUUGGACCCGAUCUGAGGAGCAUCUACGUUGCUGCCUUUGCAUGCAGCUUACUCUAGGCCGGGCUUUGCAACUGAAGGAGGGAGUGGACGACGUCUUUCUCCAUUGCACUCUCUUUCCCCCACCCCGUUCCUCCUCCUCCCUGGACAUUUCCCUCCCCCCUUCCUCCUCCUCCUCCCAACCAAAGGAUCUCCAGGGUCUGUGGGAUUGUUAGAUGGAAAGCCGGUCCAUCAUCACCCAAGUGCAGAGGGACGAAGCCUUGGUGCUUUCAAAACAAGUCUUGGUGUCCAAAUCCUCCCCAAAGAAGCCUCGUGGCCGGAACAUCUUCAAGGCUCUCUUCUGUUGCCUUCGUGCACAGAAUGUCGGGCAGUCAGGCUGUGGUGGAGAGCAUGGCCCACAGAAGGAGGAGACCAGCACCAUUGCCAAGUCUGAUCUGUUGCAGUGUCUUCAAUACCAAUUUUACCAGAUUCCUGGGGCAUGUCUUCUCCCUGAGGUGACUCAGCAAGACCAGGGCCGAAUCUGUGUGGUGAUUGAUCUGGACGAGACCUUAGUGCACAGCUCUUUCAAGCCAAUCAACAAUGCUGACUUCAUAGUGCCUGUUGAAAUAGAGGGGACAACCCAUCAGGUGUAUGUGCUGAAGAGGCCCUUUGUAGAUGAAUUCCUGAGGCGGAUGGGAGAGCUGUUUGAGUGUGUGCUCUUCACUGCCAGCCUGGCUAAGUAUGCUGAUCCAGUAACUGACCUGCUAGACAAGUGUGGAGUCUUCAGAGCCCGCCUCUUCCGAGAAUCAUGUGUGUUCCACCAGGGCUGCUAUGUUAAGGACCUCAGCCGGCUGGGUCGUGAUCUACGCAAAACCCUGAUCUUGGACAAUUCUCCUGCCUCCUACAUCUUCCAUCCAGAGAAUGCGGUGCCAGUCCAGUCUUGGUUUGAUGACGUGGCGGACACUGAACUGCUGAACCUGAUCCCUAUCUUUGAGGAGCUGAGUGAAGCAGAGGAUGUUUAUACCAGCCUUGGCCAGCUGAGGGCACCCUAAGGUCUUCAUAGCGCUAUGCCUACAGAGGAACUUUUUCACUCAGUGCCUUUGGUAUUGGCCAGGAGGGAAGGGGAACUCUGCAAUUGUCCCCCACAACCCUACCACAAGGCAGAUGCAAGCACUUUGGAGGCAAUAAGCUGCAUGGCCAGUCAUGGAGUAGUGCCAGAGCAGUUUCCUUACCAGGGUAUGGCUGGAUGCCAGAGCCUCUGGCCUUUCCACCCAAAGCAGGGACAUCCAAGAUGGACACCCCAACGCCUAUAGCACUCAUAUCUAUGCACUGCGAGGACACAGGGAGCAUCAAGAGGAUGCACUGUUUUCCCAGAGCUCUCCUGCCUCCCUCCCAUUUGCUGCAGGAUGGUUAGUUCUGGGUGUGGUUUGUGCAGUGUAGACUGCCUACUCCCCCUCACUUUCCUCUUUGCAACUGAAAGCAAUGCCAAAUUAUGUGGCUGACUUUCUUUAAAAGAGCAUAAAUGCCUCCCCACUCUCUUUUGGAUGCUUCUGCGAGUGUUGUUUUCCCAGGUCCUGAGACAUAGCCAUCGGGCCUAGCAUUUUUGCCGUCUGAUCAUCUCCCAGGCAUGGCAUAGAGAUGGCUGUCCUUGGCUCUCAAAUACUUAUGUCCUAACCAGGGGUCUUUGGGUGGGAUCCUGACCUUCAGCUGCUCCGGCCACUGGAUCUCUUGGAGAAGAGGCUUUCCUUGCCUUUGAUCGCUGGUUAGUGGGGGGAGGGGGAAACCCCUUUCUUUAGCUCUUUUUUGUUGUUCUCGUCCCUUCCAGCGUUUCCCCUUCAGAGCUGUAGUGAAACCCACAAUUUCAGGGGUCUUGGUCCCUCGUUAUCCUGUUGGCUUUUGGGAAGCCUUUCACGUGUUUUUUUAUACCAUGUGAUUUGGGUUCAGCCUGGAGGUGAAAGGCGAAGGCCCAAAGGGAGACAAACCCUUGCAGAAACCCUCUAGUAUUUCAAAACAAAAGAAAACAUUGGCAUAAGCAUAGAAAAGGCUCAUUCCCAAAACCCAAACUCCUUAUUGGUUUAGGACCUACACUGUGGAGAUUCCCAUGCACCUGCACUCUGGCCAGUGGCGGCUGGUGGCUCCAUGUCAGUGGGGCAGUGGAAUCCACUCAGGGUUUUGGUCCAAACUUUCAAGGAGGUGAAGCACGUUCAGACUAAAACCUGGAGCGGAUUCCACUGCCUCACUCGCAUGGAGCCACCAGCCGCCACUUACUGUGGCCUAGUGCUGCUUUUGGGGGACGACGGCCAGGCAACAGCUUUACCUUAAACUUGCCUCAGCACCGUCAGCUCUUCUACCCUCUUUCAGUGAGAAUUGCUAGGUUGAAGGAUAGAAGGAUGUUGCCUUUUUUGCCUGCAGAUGGCUUACCUCCCUCUGAGGGUGCCCGGGCAUACCCUGCCUUUCCCACUCAGGUCUCGUUCUAGCCGCUGUCAUAACUUGAAAAACCCGGCCCCUUGGGUGGCCUCAGGGAAUCAUGAACUAGUGUAUGAGAAGCUGGCCUGGGGUGUGGUGUGGUGGACACACAGCAUUUUCACGCAUGUGUCCACGGCCUGCUCCAUGUUGAUUGCCUUGUUGCGUUCACUGGGAGAGCAAGAGGGAAACUUCGCUACUGCCUUCACAUGUCUGUGCCCUGCAGCAAGUGACCAUGUCUGUUUCCUGUCAGGCUUUCUUGGGUAAAGAGCCCCCAAUUAGGUGUCUGGGCCUUCCCAUGCCUUCAGCAUUUUCAGGGUGGCAUCAGCUCUGAGAAACUAAAUGUAGACAGGGGCUUUGUUAAUGUUUCUAUUACCUGAAGCUGCCACGCCUACCCUUUCUGCCUUUUCCCUUCCUGCCGAUGUGGUACACUGCCCUUCUUAGUCAUGUCUAACACACUGUGAACAAGGGCUCUUCAAGUGCCAUUGGUGGCAACCAAAUACAUAAAGUUAAGCCAGCUUGCUUCUCUCCCAUAAGCAAUACAGUGCAAGUGAAUCCAUGUUUUGCCAUUAUGGGUAGGGUUGGACCAUUCAGGGCUCUUUUUGUUUAUUUCUGGUGCUGCCUCGUUGGCUUGGAAGCAGGAGGGUGGGUUAUAGGUCAUCUUUUCACCUGGGUGGGAAGAUCAAACGUGGGGAUAGGGAACCUGUGGCCAUCCAGAUGUUGCUAGGCUACAGUCCCCAUCAAUCAUUCCUGACCAUUGGCCACACUGGCUGGGGAGUCUGGGGUCCAGCAACAUUUGGAGGGCUUCAUUCCUGCUCAAAAGGACCAAAGCUUCAAGCCUUGCUAUUGGCUGAGUGAGCAGGCACCUUUGCACCUGGCCAAAGAGCUACUUGACAUUUUCAUCACCUUUUAUUUUAAGUGUGCUGACUGGCUACUCGUUGACCUGUGCACUUGGGUGUGGGUGUGGAUGUGGAUGUGUGUGGGCUCGGCCUCCAAUGGUGCUUGAGAGGAGUUCGCUGCUACUUCUCGUUCCCUCCCCCUGCUGGCCUCACAUCCAGUAUGAGGUGUUACCCUCUUUUUGCCUCAGCUGCUGAUGGCCCAAUAUCCCCAUCUGUGUGUUUGUGUGUGUGUGUGUGUGUGUGUGUGCACGCAUGGGGAGGAAGACACAGGUCUCCAACUUUCUUGAGGGAAGAGUUUCUUCUCGUAGUUUUAUCAGCUGCUUUUUCCUCCAGGACACACAACACUGAGAGAACUUUAAACGCUGCGAAGUUAAUGAGUGUUGGAAAGAACAAAAACCCUUUGUUUCUUUUAUCCUGGUUGAGCCCAUGCUCACAGUUUUGUCUUUGUCUUUUGUCAGCUGAGGAGAACUCGCCUCCAUUCCCCUCCCCCCUCCUCCUGCACUCUGCCAGCAGCUGUCCUGGCCCUUUCUUCAAUGUGAAACUGGCUCCUGCUUCCUUCACUCAGCUAAGCUUCAAAACACCUCCACCUGAUGGGAAAAUGGUACACUAGGAAUGACACUCCAGUUUUCUACACUCCGCCUAGCCUGGCAAAAUAUGUACUCUUACUCCAGAAUGGCUUGUUUCUCCUCAGUCCUAAACAUCAGACUAAGAUUACAUUGAGGCAAACCGGUGGAAAUUUUUGUCAGUCACGGUGUGGUGGAAGCUCCCAAAGUCGUAACAAGUGGUGAACACGUGUUUGCUGAAAGUAAUGUGGAACUGGAGUCUGUCGCACAAUAGAUCCCAUCAGGAAAAAAAACCUUGGCUGUGUGAAUUCCCUCGGGGAGGGGACGAAUCUGCCACCCUUCCCCCCUAAUGCACAUUCCCACUCUGAGAGUCCAGCUUGUUUAUCUUGUUUCAUAGCCAUAAUGAUAACCUGGGUCCAAUUGCCAAUGUUGGGAUUGUGCCUUGAUCAAACCCAGCUGGUGAUGAGGGUAAAGCACCAGCCAAGAGGCAGCCCUAACACUUAACCAGGGGGUGUUCCUUUUAGGGGUCCCCCACAUUCUCCCAUCCACUAAAGCCACCAAUACACACACACACACACUGUCACUCAUUGACCUUUGCAUUCCCCCCCCCCAUUUCAUGCAAGGAGCAAUAGUUGGUGGCUUUUGAGUAACAGAGUCCAGGGCUUUCCCCUUCUCUCCCCACCUCCUAGAAGUGUAAAAACAUCCGUUGCCUUAGUCACCUGUCCUCACUUGCUGGGUUGUUUUGUUUUUCUUUUGUUUUAAUGUUCUUUUAAUUGGAAAAAAAUAUCCCAAAACUUGAAGCCGGCACUGCUGCCGUUCCGAUCUCUUUCUAUUUUUGGAAUCUUUGUAUUAACUGCAAUUAAAGAAAUAAUAAAAAGAGAGA